AUGGCUCAGCGCUGGCUUCUCUUGGUCUCCGAGUCCGAAUGUCAAGAGAAUGUCCAAGGCAAGGCAAGGUGGAGAAGUUCAGCUCAAAAUCAGGGGCGUAAGUACCAGACCAGCUUUAAUUAUCACUCCCUGCACUAUUUUCUUACAAGAGCUAUACAAAAACUUGCCGCCAAAAAGACAGGACGAAAAUGUCACACUUCUUACAGGAGAACUAAUAUCUCCUUCAGACAGGAUGCUCUUAACAAGCGUAUACGCUUUGGUCGUUUCACUUCCUCCUCACUGCAUCCCUUGGAGUCCAAGGAAGGCAUAAAUUUGGGGAAAACUUUUGGACAAAAAAGUUGCUUUGUGAUUAAAACAUGCUAUGGAGCCGACAUCUCACCAUACUCCUGGGUGAAGAUCGAUUCAGGGAAAAACACAGAAGCAGAAAUCUUGAUUCCUCCUUAUGAGGAGUUUAAAGUCACCAAAAUAGAAAGAAGAGCAGAGGAUAAAGGGCUUCCCUGUGAUGUAGUCUAUACAGUGGAGAGCACUCAGAGACCUGUUUCAAUCCGCAAUUGUGCUUUCUUCAAGCCCUCCCUGUCUCAUAAAUGA